AUGGCUUCCCCGUCUAGACAGCCCCCCCCAGGGGGGUCAGGACUUCUUCAAGGGAGCCGGGCUCGUUCAUAUGGAAGCCUCGUGCAAUCGGCCUGCUCCCCAGUGAGGGAGAGACGCCUGGAGCAUCACUUGGAGCCUGGAGACACCCUGGCUGGACUAGCACUCAAAUAUGGGGUGACGAUGGAACAGAUUAAACGUGCAAACCGCCUUUAUACUAACGACUCCAUCUUCCUGAAGAAAACCCUCUACAUCCCCAUCCUGACAGAGCCCAGAGACCUGUUCAAUGGUUUGGAUUCUGAGGAGGAGAAAGACGGAGAGGAAGAAGUACACGCAAGUAACGAAGUGUGGCCACACUCAACUGAGAGGACGAAAGAAGAGACAGGAGCAGCACGUGCCAAUGGCGACGUCCUCCCCACAGCUGGCCGGGAAGCCCCCACACCCAUCCAUGACCUCUCUGCCUCUGAUUUCCUUAAGAAGCUUGAUUCACAGAUCAGCCUGUCCAAGAAGGCUGCUGCCCAGAAACUGAAGAAAGGGCAAAGUGGGGUACCCGGGGAGGAUGCAGGUCCCCACCUGAGCUCCCCUCGGAUGCAGCAACGAGCAGUCCUAGGUCCCGUGCCGCUGACCCGUACCUCUCGGACCCGGACGCUACGGGACCAGGAGGAUGAAAUCUUCAAACUCUGAGGUCCCCAGAACUGACUGAGAGAAGCAAGAUGUUGAAGGAGAAACUUCAGGGGGAGAGGAGCCUGAGGUGAGGCUCACAACCAGGGCUUACCGGCCUGCCUCCCUCUACUCCAGCCACCUUCCCCAGCCUCUGUCUGCCAAAAAUUCCUUGGCCUGGGGCAGUUUUAUUGGCACGAUUAGGGAAUGGGGACUGGACCUUUCCCAGUUCUUGGGCUGAAUCUCGAGUUGAGUCCUUUAGACUCAAAUGGUCUUUUUAUAUCUGUUACCUUUCCUAUCCUUUUUACCAUUCCCUGGCCUUAGGACAGGGAAGCAGAGACUCCCCCUCAGCUUCUUCCUCCAACUAUGUGACAUAAUUUAUUUGGUGCUAUACUGAAGUAAUAUUUAUUUGCUAUAUUUUAUGCCUUCCCACUCUGAGCUGAAAAAUGGAAUCUCUGUAGCCCUGUGGUGAGGAGAACCCGGGAACAGUGAGCCAGUGACAGCUGGUUCUCCACCUUCCCCACCUUGUUAGCCAAACAUGUUACUGAGGAUGAGGCAAUCAGUCAGAAUGGAUGACUGCUCGCCUUUUCUCCAAUGUCAAGGUAAUACAUUUGGGCUGCGUUUUUUUUUGGUACCCCAUUCCUGGUGAGUGGGCUCAGUCUUGACUAAUGAAUUCCCUGUAGCUGUUUCACAACUCUUGACUCAGAAAAAGCAGCACUGUGGGGACCUGAACUCUCCGUCCUACCAGUUCACCCUUCUGACCUGUUCUGCUAAGCCCGUGGUCGGGGGAACGGGUGGAAGAAGGCUUUCCCUGGGGUUGGAAGAGGAAGCCAGUUGUGGGAGUCUCUGUCCCCGCGCCCAGAGCCCCUCUGUGUGUGCUUCCUCCUCACUGCGUAUUUAUUUGCGAUGUGUAGCACUGAUCUAUGGUACUGCUGUUUUGUUCGUUUCUUAAACACAAGUAGGUAAGGGAACCUCAGUCAUCAUGGGAACCUGCCUCAGUCUCCUGUUUGGAAAUGAUGAGAGGCGGGAUAAGUGGUGUUUAUAUACCUCCUUUCUUCUGCGAUGAUCAUAAGGUGUAAGCAGCUGGAGAGAUUAAACACUGAGCCCUGUGCA